GCUGGAGCUUCCCCGUCGGGCUGGCAGCGGGGCCGUGGCCGGAGCAGCGGCGGGACCAGGACACGAUGGCCAACCUGGAGACGCUGCAGCCAACAGCCUGCUCACAGCCCGCAUUGUCUGGAUCUAGGUCCGCUUGUUUCACCGCGAACCAACUCCAGACGUUGAGAAGACGUCCCCUACCAGUAAGACUCCUGAAGGCCGAAAGCAGCCCCCCCAAAGGAAGGGGCUCCACCCAUCCGCCCCUGCUUCCAGCAGAUACGGGUGGUUGGAGGAGGCAGUAUUGGAUGCCAGACUGUAUACCACCUUGCUAAGAUGGGGGUGACCAAUGUCGUUUUACUGGAGAGGGACCGCUUGACUUCUGGGACCACCUGGCACACAGCAGGUCUCUUGUGGCAGCUGCGCCCUAGUGAUGUGGAGGUUGAGCUGUUGGCUCAUACCCGUAAUGUAGUCAGCCAGGACUUGGAGCAAGAGACGGGCCUCCACACAGGAUGGAUUCAAAAUGGAGGCCUCUUCAUUGCUUCCAACAAGCAACGAUUGGACGAGUACAAACGACUCAUGUCUCUUGGUAAAGUGUACGGUGUCGAGUCGUACGUUCUGUCCCCUGGGGAAACCAAGGACUUGUAUCCCUUGAUGAAUGUGGAUGACCUCUAUGGCACACUGUACGUGCCCAAGGAUGGCACGAUGGAUCCUGCUGGGACUUGCACCACACUUGCCCGGGCGGCCACUGCCCGAGGGGCUCUGAUUAUUGAGAACUGCCCAGUGACCGGUGUGGAGAUUAGAACAGAUGACCUGGGUGUACGGCAGGUGGCAGCGGUGGCCACGAGCCACGGAACUAUCCAGACACCCUGCAUGGUGAAUUGCGCAGGUGUGUGGGCCCAAGCCCUGGGGAAGAUGGCCGGUGUAAACGUCCCCCUCGUGGCGAUGCAUCAUGCCUAUGUCGUGACAGAAAAAAUCGAGGGCAUCCAGAACAUGCCGAACGUUCGAGAUCACGAUGCAUCGGUGUAUCUGCGUCUCCAAGGCGAUGCCCUUUCUGUGGGUGGAUAUGAGUCAAAUCCAAUCUUCUGGGAGGAGGUAUCCGACAACUUUGCUUUUGGGCUCUUUGACCUGGAUUGGGAUGUAUUCACACAGCACAUUGAAGGUGCUGUCAACCGAGUCCCUGUGUUGGAGAAGACAGGAAUUAAAUCCACAGUCUGUGGUCCAGAAGGAGCCUCUGAUUUGGAUGUGGAUUAUACUACAGGUGAGAAACUGGAGACCUCCAAUACGACGUGUGAUCCCUUUUGGCAUUUCUUUGAUUUUCUUACUGCAGCAGACAGGAUCCUGGGUUCUGUGGAGAGUGUCUCUUUCGAGCAAACCAUUGUGAUUCUUGCCCUGAUUUUCUUGGUGUUCUCUUUGACUCUCAGAAGGUUCCACCACGCGCUCACUGGGAACAGCCUCUGGCUCCGAGAGCGCAGCCACGAGUCGUACGCCAAGAACUACUCUGUCGUCUUCCCUUACGACGAGCCCCUGGCAGGGCGCAAUAUGAGGAAGGACCCCCUCCAUGAGGAGCUGCUACAGCAAGGCUGCAUCUUUCAGGAGAGGCACGGCUGGGAGAGGCCAGGAUGGUUCAAUCCACGCUGCAAGGCACAGGUUUUGGAUUAUGACUACUACGGGGCGUACGGCCAUAAACCUCACCAAGGCUACACUUAUAACCAGCUGCUGUCAGAUGAGUACACUUUCGAUUUCCCCCCACAUCACAAAGUGAUCAGGAACGAGUGCUUAAGCUGCCGAAAUGCUGUGGCUGUCUUCAACAUGUCUUACUUUGGCAAAUUUUACCUCGUUGGCCCCGAGGCCAGGAAGGCCGCCAGCUGGCUGUUUACAGCGGAUGUUAGCAAGCCCCCAGGGACAACUGUCUACACGUGUAUGCUAAAUGAUCGCGGGGGAGCUGAGAGCGACCUGACCGUCAGUCCAAUCGAGCCUGGCAGCGAGGAUUCGGCAUUGGCGCCAGCCUUUGAAGGAGAUGGCUACUACCUCGCGAUUGGUGGAGCCGUGGCCCAGCAGAACUGGUCACACAUCACCACGACCCUGCAGGACAAAAAGUUUCAGUGCCGGUUGAUCGAUCGAUCAGAAGAGCUUGGGAUGAUCAGCAUUCAAGGACCAUCCAGCAGCACAGUUUUCACGGGUCCCAAGCAGAGACUUUCGCAGCAAGGAAUGAUGCUGGGCGGCGGCUGUGGGAAAGAGCUGGCCCACUGGAUAGUUCAUGGACGUCCUGAGAAGGACAUGUAUGGCUAUGAUAUCAGGAUCGGCCGAGAGCAUCCCAGAGAAGUGUUCAUCCAGUCGCUGCUGAAAGACUGCCAGUCGUCUCUGGAGGAGGUUUGGAACGAGCGGAGCGGAUGGCUCCAUUCCUCCGAGUCUCUGCGGAAGACGGGCUGUCGGGCCACACGUGUUGCUGAGGUCCGAGCCAUGAGACUGUCGUUCGUGGGAGAGAUGGGCUGGGAGCUUCAUGUGCCCAGAAACCACUGCACGAGGGUCUACCAGUCUGUCAUGAAAGCUGGAGCCAAGGAUGGCAUCACCAACGCUGGCUACAGGGCCAUCGACUCCCUCAGCAUCGAAAAAGGCUACAGGCACUGGCACGCAGACCUCCGGCCUGAUGACACCCCCCUGGAAGCUGGCCUGGGCUUCACGUGCAAACUCAAAACGGACAUCCCUUUUCUCGGACGAGAAGCCAUAGAGGCCCAGAAAGCCGCCGGCAUAUUCCGCCGCUUGGUCUGCUUCACUGUUGAUGAAAAGGUCCCUCUGUUUGGGCUGGAAGCCAUCUGGAGAAACGGCAAAGUUGUUGGACACAUCCGAAGGGCCGAUUUCGGACAUGCUCUCAACAAGACUGUCGCCUAUGGGUAUAUCCGGAAUCCUGAGGGUGGGCCGGUCACCACAGAGUUUGUGAAGAAGGGUGAAUACCUACUGGAAAGAAUGGGGGUUCCUUAUGCAGCCAAAGCCCAUAUCAAGUCACCUUUUGACCCAGAGAACAAAAGAGUGAGAGGGAUAUACUGAGAUGAAAUCUGGAUCAUUUGGGAGAGAAGAGGUAAGAAGCCGUAGCCGCAGAAGAUCAAGAUGGAAGAAGAGCAUAGCAAGCCAACAGGAUCUCAGCGAUGUUCUCUCGCAGCAGUGGCGUAGUGGUUAAGAGCAGGUGCACUCUAAUCUGGAGGAACCGCUUGAGCUGUGGAGGCUUAUCUGGGGAAUUCAGAUUAGCCUGUGCACUCCCACACAUACCA